UAGAUACCAAAAUUUAAGCUAGUCAAGAAUUUUCUCCCAGUCCUGGAAGUAAUUUAUGGGUAGCCCCUUGUUUAUUAUCAGAAGUGUUGACGACCAUGGUGACCAGAUUAAACAGUUUGAUGUGCGCAGCUGAACAAAGUAUCCAGCACAUAAGUCUGUCAAGAUGCUGAAAACAAUACUUGCAACUUUAAUUCUGUUCAUCGCAAUACAUUCUCAAGAUUAUGUAUCAGGAUCGCAUCCACUAGUGAUGCAGGGCAUUGCAAAGGAAGUGGAAAAAAUUGAAUCGUUUGCUCAAAAGGCUGCAAAUCAUUGUCAGUGUGUUGAAUACAAUUGUGGUUGUUGUGCACAUAUUGUUGAAAAGGAAAUCAGACUUGACAGCACAAUCUGUACAAAUGCAACAUACCUGAAACGGGAUUAUGGUUUUUCAUUAACCGUGACAUUCAAUAAAUUCACUGUGUUUAAUGAAACCAUGUCAUUGCGAAAUCCUCCUCCUAUUUGUAUGGGGGCACCUUUUGUGAAAGAGUUAGCAGAGAUCUGUGUUCGUAUUUAUGACAUAAAAGCAUCCUCUGCUCAUCUCCAUGCAUGUGUUGAAAUGGAAGCACAAAUGAAGCACAUUCAUAUUGCAAAAUACGAACUUGGUUGCUUUGACAUGAAAGGGCAAAACCUUAAAGUUGCUUUGGAGCAGUUAGAGAAUGAAAUUUUGUGAUUCAAGAAUUGGAUUUUAAAGGGUAAAAUGAUAAUAAAUAAAUGUUGUAAUAAAUGAAA